CAGACCGCAGUGGACAUGGAGCGGGAGACGCCGGAGGCCGCGCCACCGCCGACCUUUCUCCGCGGGGAGGAGGCGUCGUCGGGGUCAUCGUCGGCGCGCGCGCGGUUCGAGCGCCUGAUCCGGCGGGUGCAGGCGGAGGUGUGCGCGGCGCUCGAGGCAGUCGAGGAGGGCAGCGGCGGCGGUGGCGUGGUGUUUCGGGAGGACGCGUGGACGCGCCCGGGCGGGGGCGGCGGUAUCAGCCGCGUGCUGCAGGGCGGCCGCGUGUUCGAGAAGGCCGCCGUGAACGUGUCCGUCGUCUACGGAGUCAUGCCCCCAGACGCGUACCGCGCGGCGAGGCCCGACGCGGCGGCGGACGCGGAGAAGGCCGGGCCCGUGCCCUUCUUCGCUGCCGGCGUUAGCUCGGUUAUCCACCCAAACAAUCCCUUCGCGCCAACAUUGCAUUUCAACUACAGAUAUUUCGAGACAGAGGCACCGCAAGAUGCUCCUGGAGCACCCAGGCAGUGGCGGUUUGGAGGUGGUACUGACUUGACACCAUCGUACAUCAUCGAAGAGGAUAUCAAACAUUUUCAUUCUGUUCAAAAACAAGCAUGCGAUAAGUUUGAUCCAACCUUCUACCCAAGAUUCAAAAAAUGGUGCGAUGAUUAUUUCCGUAUCAAGCAUCGUGGUGAACGUCGUGGGGUGGGCGGAAUAUUCUUUGAUGAUCUCAGUGACCAUGAUCAAGAAACUCUUCUUGACUUCUCGACAGAGUGUGCGGCCUCUGUAAUUCCUGCAUACAUCCCCAUCAUAGAACGUCGGAAAGAUACCCCAUUUACAGAAGACCACAGGGCAUGGCAGCAGCUACGGAGAGGUCGCUAUGUGGAAUUCAACCUCGUCUACGAUCGUGGCACCACAUUUGGCCUCAAAACUGGAGGAAGGAUUGAGAGUAUCCUUGCUUCCCUCCCUCUGACCGCACGGUGGGAGUAUGAUCAUAAACGGCAAGAAGGGACUGAAGAAUGGAAACUUCUCGACGUGUGCAUCAAUCCAAAGGAAUGGAUCUGAUUGGUUGGAACUGAAGUGCUUGCUCUCCAAUUUUCCGCCGCUAACUUUAUUUUGAAGUGUCUUCUGUGUGUAGAUUUUGUGCAUUUGCAUGGUGCGGUUUCGUCCAGUGAGCUUAUCAAGCUUGGAAAUCUGCGUUUGGCUGUUUGCUUAAUCUUCGUAUAAGGAAAAAAAAUACAUGGUCUUGUUCCUUCCAAUAAAAACCUCCGUUCAAGUGAGAUCUCUACUGCUGCAACCUAGCAGAUCAUGACAAAGAGUUUUUUAUCUAAAAAGAGGGAAAAGUCCACCAGCCUCUGCCAUAAUUGAUGCACUCAACCUUCUAUUAUUGCAAAGUUUUAAGAUCCAAACACGGGAGGCUCGACCAAGAUUUUUCCCGUGGUACGAAUAGUUGUCGAUGUCCUACUUGAUGCUGACCAAGGCUUCGAAUCACGGAGAUCACGUGUUGCAAGGUCCACGUAGGGUCCAUGAAGAAGAAGCCACCUAUCCACAAUGGCUUCUAACCACAAAGGUCUAGCCUUACUCGAAGUAGAUCUCUAGUCUCGUACAAACUUCUUGGAUCAUUCACAUAUUAAAGGGCUUUCAAGCACACCUAGCUUGUCUAGGACACACACCAUCCACAAGUAAUAAGAAUGAGACCCCUUGAUUGUAAA